AGGCCAGAAUCUUGCGCUUGAGCUUCAAUUUUGGGGGCAGUAGACUUUAUUCUGGUGCGCGGGGAGAAAAAGCAAGCGGUUGUUUGGUUUCGAGCUGCGAUGAAACGAAUGGAGUAUCCGGCCGGGGGGAGGGUCGUGGGCUGGUGAUGGUGAUGGUGAGACACCUCUCGUAUCAGCGAUGGUCUAGUUAAGGGUGCUGGAUGGAGUGAUGGGUGGAUGCUUUCUACAGUACAUCCAUGAGGGCAGUCGACAGACAGACACACAGAUAGGGACCCAGAUUAAACUUCCUGGGACAAUGGUCACUCUCUCUUUGUUGUUGCGCUGGUUGAUCGCUGCAGCCGCGCACAUUGGGAGGGAAAGAGGUCAAAGUGGUACUUGUGCAGUGUGUGUGUGUGUGUGUGCACUGGGGGGCCAAGCUGCAGACCCAAACCUACCUAGGCUUGGGCGGGGCAGGGGGCAAGAAAUCGGAUUCUUAUCCUCUCUUUCACCGGUUUGGUAUCUGACGUUCUGGCUGUCUGGCAUGGACAUCGCGCAUGCGCCAUGCGUCGAUGUGGGCGGGCGUGAAGGGAAAAGAAUCGGAUCGUUGUCCGCGUUAACAGCAACAAGUAAAAGGCUCGGGAGAUCCCAAAAGAAAGAGGAAACAAAAGCAAAACACGGACAUCAGAGACAAGCGGCCUCGACCGGGCGGGAUUCAGGGCUCUGGGGAUUUAUUGGUUGGUUGGAUGGAUGCAAUCUUGAUGUUGCUCUCUGCUCCUGCAUUCCAUAAUGGAUCGCCUUCGAUUAGUGAUUGCCGGUCUCGGAACUGCCUGAAUGGCACUGGAUCUAGCCUGAACAUUGAGUUGGAUAGGCAAUGAUUGCUUAUCGGCCACAAUCAUACCCACACAACCGCGGCUUGGCUUAACUGCAUCCAUCAUCAUUUCUCCCCAUUACGAGUAUGUACAUACAAACCCUCACAGAUUCGAGAAUAGUGUCGUUGCGAACCAAACCACCGGGAAUAUCAAUGCCCUUGUUUCUCGCUGAACCCCUGGUUUUACCUCUCCUAUCCCCUGUUGGUGGAAUGUUGUUGCUGUUGCUGUUGCUGUUGUAUACUAGCCCACCAACAAACACCACAACC